UUGUAUGUCCUAAACUGUUGUAUGAUAGUCGUAUUUGAUAUGACGCCGAUAGUGCUGAUAGCAGUUAAGUACUACAAGACGAAGCAGUUCGAGAUGUUGCUACCGUAUUUGGACGUGUUUACAAUCAUUCCUUACAAAUUGGCUUAUUGGCCAGUUGCGUACUUCUAUCAGAUUUGGUCAGAAGUCAUGGUGCUUUUAUCUAUGGCUGCCGCUGAUUAUUUAUUCUUCACAUACUGUACUUAUAUAAGAAUACAAUUCAGACUUCUACAGUAUGAGUUCGAGAGGAUAAUCCCGGAGCGAAGUAUUUCUAAAGGAGAAAGGUUUGAUGAAGCUGAGUUUAGGGAUAAAUUCAGAGAGUUGGUGCAAUGGCAUCAAGAUUUAAUACGAUCAACUAUAAUCCUCGACUUUAUUUACUCCAAGUCGACAUUGUUCAACUUCAUGUCCAGUUCCUUAGUGAUCUGUCUGACCGGGUUCAAUGUGACGAUAGUGAGCGAUCUUGUUACAAUUGUAACAUUCCUUACUUUCUUAUCGUUGGCCCUGAUGCAAGUGUUCUUCUUAUGCUUCUUCGCCGAUCUCAUGAUGUCAGCCAGUUUCGAAGUAAGCAACGCGGUAUACAACUGCAAAUGGUACCUAAGUAGCACUCAGGUUGGCAAGCAACUGCUGUUGGUGCAGACCAGAGCGCAGGAGCCUUGCAAGCUGACAGCCUAUGGCUUCGCUGACGUAAACCUCAAAGCGUUCAUGAGAGUGUUGAGCAGUGCCUGGUCCUACUUCGCCUUACUACAGACGGUGUAUGGAAGAUAA